UCAGUCAUCAGUGUAGCGUUUGUCUUGCUCGUGGCACGACUAAUUCUUCUGGCCUGUGCUGUCGUGUGUGCAUGCGUGUCUCCGUCAUAUCAGCCUUCGGUAGUUCGGUUGUUCGUUGAUAAAAAUAUAAGUAAUACAUAAUAUAUAGGUAUACGUAUACUGACAGCUGUACGGGGUGAACGCUCCAUAAAUUUACGGAAGUUGCAGGCGCAAAAGAUAAGCCGAGAUAAUUGAGCGAAAUAAGUAGGUAGACCGAAAAGCAGUGCAGGAGAGGAAAAAAAAUCAGCUGAAGGGAGACGCAGAAAGCGAGAAGCCUUUUUAUUGAUAGAUGACACACUCUGUAUGUAUACAUCAAUAAGUGUACUUGUACUUACCUAUAUAUGAUGCAGUAUCCGCUACAAGCGCCGAAAAUGUAAAUAAUUACAUAGUAUUUACAAAGGAGGAAUAGACACACUGCGGUACACGCAGCAGAUGUACUUCAAAGAAAUAAUCGAGUGUUUGGACCUCUUGAACGUGAAUUAAUUAUUUUGUCGCUAAUAACUACACUUAUCUUGAACGGCGAUCAGUAACGUUUGCUGUUAAACUUUUUUUUAUCCGCAAAUCAUGUUAUUUCACAGUGAUGAUAACAUCAUUAAAUAUCGUCAUCAGUGGCAGCAGCAGCAGCUGCGGCAAUAUUCCCGAUAGCAGUAACUGCACUGCUCGUAAUAUAUUUGUAACUCGUAUUUGGUAACGUUAUUGUCCGUUAUCGGAUCAUCAUUAUCCAUAUGAAUUAUCAUUAGUUAUAUGAGGAAAAAUCCAUGCAGCACAAGUGCAGAACGCAAGGUCGUUAUGUGUAAAUGAACAAGCUUUUGGUUUGAUGUACCGAGUUCAAUAAUAUCUCGGUACAUUACUAUUAUCUUCCAAUUCGGUUGAAUACAACUCGAAACAAUGGCGAUUAUCACCGCGGCACCCCUAUCUCUCCUCGAGUGGAUACUGGGCAUCUGCUUAAUUUCAUUGCCAUUUCUCUACGAGGGAAGCAAGACCUUUCGUUACCAUUUCAAGUUCUUCGUGUAUUACGGAAUUGUCAUGGUGAAUGCCAUUAUACUCAUACCAAUCAUGAUGUUCCGUCCUAAGAAUGUAAAAAAUUUAUUAUUAGCCUCUUCUGCAUGCCACCACAUAAGCAGUUUACUAGGAAUAAGAUGGCAUAUCAGAGGACGUGAACAUUUGGAGAAGGAGAGGGCAUGUGUUAUCGUAGCCAAUCACCAAAGCUCACUGGAUAUUUUGGGAAUGUUUGAUCUCUGGCCAGUAAUGGACAAAUGUACUGUAGUUGCUAAGAGGGAACUUUUUUAUGCUUGGCCCUUUGGACUAGCAGCUUGGUUGUGUGGACUUAUUUUUAUUGACAGGAUGAAUUCUGAAAAAGCAAGGUCUGUCAUCAAUACGGCAGUUGAACAUUUGAAAGAUAAUAAGACUAAAUUAUGGAUCUUCCCGGAGGGCACAAGGCGCAACACUGGACAAAUUCACUCAUUUAAGAAGGGUGCCUUUCAUGUUGCCAUUAAUGCUCAGUUACCGAUAUUGCCAGUGGUAUACUCGUCUUAUUAUUUUAUGUCUAAGUCGGAAAAGCGCUUGGAUUCAGGACGUGUGAUAAUUACAGCCUUACCACCAAUCUCGACCGAAGGCUUACAAGUCAAAGAUGUUCCUGAUUUAUUAGAAAAAACCAAAGAUUUAAUGUCACAAGUAUUUAAUUCAACUAAUCAAGAAAUACUAUCGUCAUUUAGGAUUACCAAAGAAGAAGAAGAACGGUAGAAUAUAAGAUUAAUGGAAAGCUCCAGAGUGCGGGUAACAAUGUAUAAAAAUUUUAUGUUAUUUUGUUGAUUAAAAAAGAAUCGGUUCAAUAUUUGGAACUUAUCAGUAUUUCAAUUGUUAUUGCAAUCAAAUUUAGUAGACUGGAGAAAAUUUACUGAUAUUAUGUAUUUUAAUAAUGGAUUGUAUUAAAUUGUAUUUUAUUGUUUUUAAAUUUUCAAUA